AUGAAUGCUGUCGAUGGCUCACAGCAUUAUGAACAGCCCUCGAGUGAACAAAAUCCAUCUCUACUAACCAUCAUUUUGGACACAAAUCCCGUAGCAUGGUCAUUGUUGUCUGGCACACUUUCUCUAUCCAAAGCUGUUGCAAGUCUUCUGGUUUUCAUUAAUGCCCACCUAGCAUGCAACUAUACCAACAAAGUUGCCGUUGUUGCAAGCCACUGCGAUACCGCACAAUGGCUGUAUCCCACUUCAGCCCAGCAGCAUCUUCAGAACGCUAGACAAGCGAAACGGCGCCUGGAUGACAGUGGUCUAGUUGCCAAUGAUCAGCUUUCAGAGCCAACCAAGCGCUUUAGAAUCAAUGGUCCGAAAGAUGAUUCAACCAACGGAAUCAAGCUGAAGUUCAACAUCGAUCAACGCAAACCCAUUGCAAAUAGCGAUAAGUAUAGACCCUUUCGUGUGGUAGAAGAGGAGCUUCUGGACAACUUAUCCAAGCUUCUCUCCACUACUGGUCCCUCUGGGAUCUCGUCAAACACAUCCACGAUGGUAGCGGGUGCUCUGACCCUUGCUUUAAGUUAUAUCAAUCGCCAGAAUAGUGCCUUUGCUGAGUCAAGUGGAGGUGCUACGAAUACUGCCGACUCCGCUCCUCCGAACGCUUCUUCGCGUGCUGCGGAAACCAAUGACAAGAAUCUGCUUCACUCAAGGAUCCUAAUCAUCUCGGUGAGCCCUGCACACGACCUCGCACAUCAGUACAUUCCAAUCAUGAACUCCAUCUUUGCUUGUCAAAGACUCUCUAUCCCUAUCGAUAUAUGCCAGAUUCCAACACCAAACGCUCCUUCCAGCUCGACAGUGUUUCUACAGCAGGCUUCUGAUGCGACAAAGGGCGUUUACAUACCCCUCAGCAACGCUACCUCCGGAGGACUCCUGCAAUAUCUAAUGAUGGCCUUCUUGCCCACUCAGGCGUCCCGCAUUCAUCUUGUACUGCCCACCCGCGUGGAUGUAGACUUUAGAGCGGCCUGCUUCUGCCAUCGAAGAGUGGUUGAUAUUGGGUUCGUCUGCAGCAUCUGUCUCAGUAUCUUCUGCAACCCACCUGAGAAUGGAGAUUGCUUGACCUGUGGCACUCAUCUUGAACUGGGAGACUAUGGUGGGCGACCUAUGGUAGUACCUCGGCAGAAGAAGAGAAAAAAACCGCGAUCAACUUUGGACCCAAGCCGUGUUUCGACACCUACACCUGGCCCAGCAUGA